AUGGCUGCUCGCUGCUUCUGGACCAGCGGCAGCUGUUCCGGCAACAACGCAAGCCAAUGCUGCCGUUCGCCAGCGAUUCCGGAGUUUCAUACCCAAACUCGAUAUCCGUCCUCUUCUUCUUAUCAUCAUCUUCCUAUUUUAACGAGUGAUUCUUCUUCUCGUUUCACUGGAGGCUGCAGAAACCCCAUCCCAUACCCAUACCCACACCUUCACCGGCUGUUCGCUCAGCUGCCGCCGCAAUCCGACCCCGCUGACACUCGGAGUGUAUAUCAAGUCAAUUUUGCUGGUUGCUGGAUGUCUCUCUUCUUCUGGUACUCAGCUUGGGAUGGCAGGAAUAAAGGCGGCGGUGGCGGCAUUAUGCCCAACAAAAGAUCCCGAUCUCCGUUCAGAAGAUGA